AUGGCUUUUGGAGUUUUCGACGGCCACAGCGGCGGCCUCUGCGCUGAUUUGAUCUCUCGCCGACUGUUCCACUACAUUGCCAUUGCCUUGCGAGCUCUUGAACUUCGAUCCUCCGGUGCUGCGUCCUCAGUAAAGCCAGCCUUCUCAGUGGACAUUCUCCAAAAGAUUGCCCGCGACCACACUAAAUCGCCGCCCGAUUUCUACCACAAUAUCCAUGUCGUUUACGAGGAGUCAAUUGCUGAGAGGCUGCAAGCGCGAAUUGAAGAGUUUGAGUGGCGCUCCCUCGAAGCGUUCGCCAUUGAGGAGCUUGACUACGAAGAUUUGCCCACUACCGACGAUGUCGACGGCUCUGCCAAGAUUGAAUCAGCCCUGCGACGUGCCUUUCUUGCCUGUGAUCGUGAUCUAAGUCGUGAGAUUCAAGCGAAUCUACUAAAUACCUCAAGUAAUGUUUUACUCCACUACUACCUGUCGCUGGCCAUCUCGGGUAGCUGUGCCACUGUGGUCAUUCUCUACAAGAAUGAGGCCUUCAUUGCCAGUGCUGGUGACACGAAGGCAGUGAUGGGAACACUGAAGCAGGCAGAACUGAAAGCAGAAGUUCCCGAGUCAGACUCAAAAGUGAAGCCGAUCACCCGAAAGAUACUCAAGUCAACUGAGCUCAGUUUUGAGCAUAAUUCAGAGAACAUUAAAGAGCUGAACAGGCUCAUGUCUGAACACCCUAAAGAUGAGCAGAACUAUAUUAUUCGCGAGAACCGCCUCCUAGGCUCGUUGAUGCCGCUUCGAGCCUUUGGCGACUUUAGCUUCAAGUGGUCAGUCGAAAAGAUGAAGCAGCUCGGCAUCACUAGAGCUUUUGGGUCGCAUAUUAUACCCACUCAUUACAAAACACCGCCAUACCUCACUGCCGAGCCGGAGAUUACCAAACUAAGUCUGGUGGAGGAUGCCGACGAAUGCGCAGGCGAAGAGGACACCAUUCAACUAGACAGGUUCAUCAUCCUCGCGACGGAUGGCCUCUGGGAGCAGUUCGAAGGCGCGAGAAAGGUGGUACAGGCAGUUAAUCGGUACCGCCAGAAUGUACAACAGCAAAUCGAUGCCUUCACAUCAGCAAACUUAUUUAAAUUUGAUGACUCAAAAGAUGGCGACAGCAAAGAUCUGGAAGAAGACUCGGACAAUGAUGACAGUCCGCUGACUAUCGGCAAGAUUGUCGACCGACUGAGGAAAAAGGUGACCGACCCACCUGCGGCCAUCUUUGAGCGCAUCACCGCUGAUGACGACCUCAUUGAGGACAUCAACUGCGGCACCUACCUACUGCGCACUGCUCUCAGUGAUACCUCAGCGGGCGGUCUCACUUCAGACGGUGAAUUAGCAUAUGAGGAAGAGGAAAAGGAAAAGUUUAGUCAUCAUGAGGAUCAGUAUGAGCAGCAGCGAAAAAGACACGACAAACUGGUGGGAUUUUUGACAUUACCACAGUCAGUGGUGAGAAACUUUAGGGAUGACAUCUCCUUGAUUGUUAUUGGACUGAAGUGA